AUGCAGAUCGAAAACCGUUACGAGUCGGUUCUGGCCAGCCGCUACUGUAGACGAAGCCCACUUCUCGAGCUCUUUUCUGAAAGGAAUAAGACCGUUCUGUGGAGGCAACUGUGGAUCUGGCUAGCUGAAGCUGAACUUGAAUUAGGCCUCACUCAGGUCACCCCGGAUGCUAUUGAGGAGAUGAAAGAACAGCGUGAUAAUAUUGACUGGAAUAAAAUUCGCGAAGAAGAGCGCCGUUUGAAGCAUGACGUUAUGGCUCAUAAUCAUGCUUUUGGAGCUGUAUGUCCCAAAGCUGCAGGAAUAAUCCACCUUGGUGCAACUUCUUGUUAUGUCCAAGAUAAUGCCGAUCUGAUCGUUAUCAAAGAAGCUGUUGGACAUCUUCUUGCAAGGGCCGCUACCGUGCUCGAUCGAAUGGCAACAUUCGCAGAACGUGAAAAAUCGCAUGUCACUGUCGGUCGAACUCAUUACCAGACUGCAUCGCUGGUAACUGUUGGGAAAAGAGCUGCCUUGUGGGCACAAGAGUUGCUCAUGGCUUUCGAGCAGCUGAAGCAUUUCUACAAUACAAUGAAGUUCCGGGGAAUCAAAGGAGCUACGGGAACCCAGGAUUCCUUCAUGACGCUAUUUGGCGGAGAUGAACUGAUGGUCGAAAGAUUGGACGAGCUUGUCACUGCCAAGGCUGGUUUCAGUAAAAAAUUCUUUAUAACAGGGCAAACGUACUCUAGGCAACAGGACGUACAGUUAGUAUUCGCUCUAGCUGCAAUUGGUGCUGCAGUUAAGAAAAUAUGUACGGAUAUUCGCGUCCUUCAAGCUAUGGGAGAACUUCUUGAACCUUUCGAAAAGGAUCAAAUUGGUUCCUCUGCUAUGCCAUAUAAGAAGAAUCCUAUGAAAAGUGAGCGUUGUUGUUCGUUAGCGAGACGGCUCAUUCAUGCUCCCCAGGAAGCACUGAAUAUUCUGAGCGAUCAAGGCUUGGAACGAACCCUUGACGACUCAGCGAAUCGUCGAAUGCUUAUUCCGGACACUAUCCUCACAACAGAAGCCAUGCUGUCAACCCUUCAGAAUAUCUUCGAAGGCCUUACUGUGCAAACAGAAAAUGUUGCUCGGACUGUUCGAGAAGAGCUACCAUUUCUUGGACUCGAAAAGGCGAUGAUGUGGCUGACAGAAGAAGGCGUUGAUCGACAAGAAGCCCAUGCUGUUAUUCGAGAAACGGCACUGGAAGCUAAGAAGAAACAAGCCACGCAAGUUGUUCAUAUGGAGGAUAUUCUUCAAAGCCCAUUCUUUGACCCGGUACGCGAGCGGGUAAUGGCAUUGGUGGAUGAACCGAUUCGUUUCACUGGCCGUUGUGAAUCGCAAACUAUGCGAUUCAUCAAUGAAGAGUUGCGUCCUGCAAUUGGAAUGCAUUUUGAUUCUGGAGCUACGCGAAUGCAUCUCGAUGUCUAA